AUGAGUUCUGAAGACUCCGAUACCAGCCUUCUAAAUAACCCCGCUUCCUAUACAUCAGAAAACAAUGCGCCAAGUCAGAGUGAUCCGGAAAGACCUGCAAACCUCUCUCGCACCUCUACUUUCGGCAAGAAAUGUUGGAUAUGUAUGAGUGAAGCAAGUGAAGAUGAUCAGACAAACCCUCCAGUAUGGAGAUCACCGUGCAGAUGCAGUCUGACAGCACAUGAAGAUUGUCUCCUAGACUGGGUGGCCAACCUAGAGGAUCCAAAGACCAUCAGGCGGAAAGGUCCUCCACAGAUCCUCUGUCCGCAGUGCAAGUCGGAAAUUAAGAUUGCAAGACCAAGAAGUUACAUUGUUGAUGCUUAUCGUACAGUCGACAGGUCCUUGGCCAAGCUCGUGUUGCCUGCCGUGGGACUGUCAUUUUUGGGCUCGAUGUGGACGGGAUUAUGGAUUCAUGGAUUCAGCUCCGUCUAUGUGGUGUUUGGUGAAAAGGAAGCCGAACGUCUUUUCAAAUAUGCCUUGUCAUCUCGCCAUUAUGGCGCACUCGCAGCCUAUUCUCUCGUUCCCAUAAAUCUGGUCCUUUCUCGCACCAACUAUGCCGACUUUGUCCUACCAUCAGGCACCCUGUUUAUCUUGUCAACCCAGAUCACUGAGAGGUUCGAAAUCGACAUGACCGUAUGGCCUCCCUUGCCAAGUACUGUGUUCGCAUGUCUGCCCGCCGUGAGAACGGCCUACAAUUGGGUCUAUCAUCAAGCCUUUUGUGAUUUGAAUAAGAAAUGGCUCUCAGAGGUGCAACCCCGUCACCAAGAGCCAGUUGAAGGACAAGAGAACAAUAUAGCAGAUGCAGCAAAUGCAGAAGAGGCAGCGGAAGCGGGAGCUCAUGGAGGGCUUGUCAUCGAGUUUGAUGUUGAUCUGAAUGGUGAUGCCGGAGGUGAUGGUGGAGAUGAGAACGAGGAUGAAGCUGGUGAUCAACCUGCUGGGGGGGAUGGUCAGAACGCUGCUCAGCCUGGAAACAAUCAUGUCCACCGGUUAUUGGGUGAUCGCGGGGAUAUGAUUGUGGAGGGGACAUCGACGAUUGGACAGACUAUCUUUGGCGCGCUGGCGUUCCCUAUCGUGGCAUCUGGGAUGGGCAGUCUCUUGAAGCUUGCACUGCCAUCGGCGUGGCUAGGCUCUGCCAACACCAUGAACGGCCGGCCAGGUCUCCUCCGAACGAAGUGGGGAAGGAGUGUAGUGGGAGGAGCUUUGUUUGUUGUGUUGAAGGAUGCGCUGGUGAUUUAUUGCAGAUGGCGACUGGCUCAGAGUCAUCGGCAGCGGCGAAUCAUGGACUACAACAAGGUGACGAAAAAAUACGUGACAUGA